UUGGUGUUGUUGGUGUUUCUGCUGUUGGCCCGAUCGUUGUGCGCUAUAUUUUUUGGACUGCGCAGCGCUGCCCAAGCGAACGUUAACUUUAGUGUGCGCCGACCAGUUUCCGUAGACGGCCACAAAAACGGCACGCAGACGCGAACUAUCAAAUAAAAAAAAAAUUAAUAAAGUUAAUCAAAAUUGAAUCAAAAGCAAAAAGAAAAACAAAACCUAUAGAGGGAGUUGCCAAAGAGCUGUUGCUUAUGUAAGGCUGCCUUUAAGUUCUAUCCAGUGCAGUGGCAAAAAAAGUGCAACCACAACAACAACAACAACAACCCCAAUCAUAAGAGAAAAAAAAGGCAGCAGCUUCAGCUCGAUGAAUUAAGCUCAAUUCGCAAUCUCUCAACUCUCCGUUUUCGUAAUCGUGUUGAGCAUAACAAAAGCAAAAGCAACAAAGCAAAAAAGAAAUAUAAAAUAAAAAAGUAAAAAGUGAAUCUGCCUUUCAGUAAUCUCCAUUUUAAUUCCCAUCUCGCUCGCACCCAACAGUCUGACAGUCUGCCAUUUUUUUCCGUUGCUUCUGCUGCUGUUGCUGUUGCUGCGUCGUCGUCGUCGUUGUCGCCGCGCUUUUUUAUUGUUUAUGUUUUUUCGUGUUCUGAGCCCACAGAAGGUUAAGAAAUAAUAAAAGCAAUACAAUUACAAUCACAAUGAAAUGGAAUGAGUGAAAUAUAAAUUUCGUUAACUACAACAGCACCAACAACCACAACAAAGUCGUCUGCCAAGCAAAUUUCACGCCGUAUUUAAUCUUAGCGCACUGCCCGCCUGCAGUUUAAUCGCUGUUCGUCUUUCUUUCCGUUCGUGUUGUGGGGUUCUGUGUUCUGUGUUUGUGUUCUGCUCUCUGUUCUUUACUGUUCCACAGUUAUCAGUAAUCGCCGCGCGUUUGGCUAUCGUUUGGCUAUUGUAAUCGUUAUCGGUAUUGCUAUCGUCGCAUCAAUUGAUCAGAGUCAGAACGAAGUCAGAAAAAGAGCACAGGACGCAGGCGCGAUUUUUCCAAAUACAACGGUGGUGUUUUAUAAAAGAUAAUAGCAAGAUUUUUAAAUCAAAAUAAAUACGCAGUCCAUCAGAAUCGAGUGUGCCUGUACCUUAAUUCGUAUGGGAGUACUGAACUAAUUCGAGCUAUUCCAAGAAGGAUUUUCACCUUAAGUUUGUCGCCCUUUUUGGGGCCGCAUAAAGUUUAGAAAUAUUACGGACUUAGUUUAAGUUUGUUAAGCUCCCAUACUCAUAGACAACAAACAAUGUUCUCAUUACUGGGCCUAAUCACAACGCUCCUAUUGGCCAGUACAAUAUGCCAGGCACUGCCAGAUCUGCACAAACAAAUGUCGCCAGAGCAACUGCAUUCAGUUUUCCACGUGGACACACACGACGCAGUGCCCGACUAUGAGCUCGUCCAGCUGCUGCAUCACACGCCCCAGGCUGGUCUCCAGCGCAAGCGUCGCAGUAUUGGUGAAUCCCCGGGUGCAACUCCCCUGUCGCCGCAUCAUGUGAAAAAGGAUCUGAGUAAAAAUGCCUAUUACAGUGAGCUCAAGCAGCAGGCAGCCGCAUCUGGCAAUCAUUUACUUGGCAGCGAUGUCAGCGCCAUUAAAUCACACAACGUCUCCUUCAGCGCCUUUGGACGCCACAUGAAUCUCACGUUGCGCGCAACACAGGGAUUGUUCAAAGGAGCGCCGCAUGAGCUGCGCAUGUGGUCAGUGGGCAGUGAACCAAAUGCAACACAUGGCCUGGACAUGCAGGAGAUACUCAACGAGGAGCAUCACAAACAUGAGAUCGGUGAAGUGUUUCAGGAUGAGCAAAAUAUGGCUGCGAUUCUGAUGCGUCGUCACAUGGAAACGGGUGACUUGGUAAUGGAGGGCAGCAUUGGUCACGAUCUGGUCAUUAAACCCUUGCCACAUGAGUUGAGUAACAACAAGGAACAGGCCCAGCAUAUUGUCUACAAACGCGAAGCAUCAGCCACCGAUGACCAGCUGAGUGAUUUCGCCUUUAUGGAGCCCGAUGACUUGCUGGCUAGCGAGAAACUUGAACGCCUGCAGCGCCAUCAGCGUCGACGUCGCCGCAGCAGCGGCAACAGCCCGGAUUUCGAAGAUCUCAACGAUGAGGAUGAGGGUGCUCUGGACACUGAAGCGGAGGCAUCUGAACCCCAAACCUCCGAGUCGCGUGUGCGUCCCAGACGCCAGGCCCCAUAUGUCAUCUAUCCUGAGGUCUUGGUGAUAGUCGACUAUGAUGGUUAUCGUCUUCAUGGCGGCGACAAUCUACAGGUCAAACGGUAUUUCAUCUCAUUCUGGAACGGCGUCGAUCUGCGUUAUCGUCUGCUAAAGGGACCCAGAAUACGCAUCAGCAUAGCUGGCAUUAUAAUCUCACGGGGUCGCGAUGCCACGCCCUAUUUGGAACGUAACCGUGUGGGCCGAGAUGCUAUUGAUUCUGCCGCCGCCCUAACCGACAUGGGCAAGUAUCUGUUCCGGGAGCGUCGUCUGCCCGUCUAUGACAUUGCCGUGGCCAUCACCAAACUUGAUAUGUGCCGUCGCACCUCCGCAUAUGGUGAAUGUAAUCGCGGUACCGCAGGCUUUGCCUACGUUGGCGGCGCCUGCGUGGUUAACAAGCGACUGGAGAAGGUGAACAGCGUGGCCAUCAUCGAAGACACCGGCGGCUUCAGCGGCAUCAUUGUGGCCGCCCACGAAGUGGGACAUUUAUUGGGAGCCGUGCAUGAUGGCUCACCACCGCCCAGCUACCUUGGCGGACCGGGAGCUCAGCGUUGUCGCUGGGAGGAUGGCUAUAUCAUGUCCGAUUUGCGUCACACGGAACGCGGUUUCCGCUGGUCAGCCUGCACCGUGCAGAGCUUCCACCAUUUCCUCAAUGGAGACACCGCCACCUGUCUGCACAAUGCACCGCAUGAGGAUAGCGCCUUGGGCAGAUCCCUGCCAGGCACAUUGCUCUCACUGGACGCACAAUGUCGACGGGAUCGGGGCACCUAUGCCUGCUUCAAGGAUGAGCGUGUCUGUGCCCAGCUCUUCUGCUUCGAUGCCCAGACGGGCUACUGUGUAGCCUACAGACCAGCAGCUGAGGGAUCCGCCUGUGGUAACGGUUACCACUGCUUGGAUGGACGCUGCACACCACUGCCCUCUAAUGUCAUACCUGACUAUGGAAAUAAUUACCGUUUAGUAUACAAUAAAAUCAGCCAGAAAAAUGAUGCAAACUCUGAAGAAGGCGUUGAGAAUAGCAGUGAGGAAAUUGAAUCCCAAGAAGACAACGACAACGAUGAUGAUGAAGAGCGCGAAGAUGAGCGGGAAGAUGACCAAUCCGAUGGCAUCAAUAGUAGUGAGGAGCAGCAGGACAACAACAUACAACAAAGCUCAGCUGCUGCGGCUGCUGCAGCUGUCGUUGAGACCACAACAACAACAACAACCACAACAGCAACAGCAACACCUAAAAUAACAACGACAACUGAAAUUGGCAGAGCCAAAACAUUUGAAUAUUUGCGGCGACUUUACAACACUGACAACUAUGAUAAUUUGGCAUUACGCAAUACUGCAGAACAGUGGCCAACAAAUGGUCAAGUUGUGGUCAAAACGCACACCAGCAGCAGUGUCAGCAGCAGCAGCAACAGCGGCUCACACUACACAGCAACAACAAAAACAACAACACCGCCAAAAAUCAUAACAACAUCAACAACACAAACACCGAAUCUAUUUCAAUUUUAUACACAUGAAUUACGCAAACAACUUGAAUACUAUUUUCACUUGCUACAAACACAACAACCACAAGAACAAGCGACACAUAAACAACAACAACAACUACUACUACAACAACCACAACAGUCCCAAGUAGCGUCCAAUGAACAUUUUUCAAUUCCCUUGGUACAAAAGCAAAUUACAAAUUAUAGUGCCACCACCAACAGCAACAACAGCGGCAACAGCAACAACAAUGGCGCAAAAGAACACAACAGCAACAACAAUAACAGCGAGGAAGUGAACAAGAAGCGACAACAGCAACAACAACAACAAGUUGAUGAAGAAAACGAGGCCAAUGCCGGCAUUGAGAUCAAUGAAGCAAUUGAGCGGCAAAAACGUAAGUUUCUCAUACAACAACAGCAACAACCAAGACACUUGACAACACUGCAACAACAACAACAACAAUUGGCAACACCAACAACAAGCACAGCAUCAGCAUCAGCAACAACAGCUAAAGCAACGCCAAUGCCAACAACAAGCACAUCCAAAUCGAAAACAACAUCAUCAAUAUUCGAUGUAUACUUUAAAAAAUUACAAGCAUUGCAUUUACCAACACUGGAUGGUGCUGUUACUGCCACCACAACAUCGGUGUCCACCUCCGUGAGCUCAUCGGCAGCAACAAAAGCGGGCAGCACACAACAACAGUCACAGCAACAACAACAACAUCAGCAUCAACAACAACAGCAUCAGCAAAACUUUGAUGGCAGUCCAUUUUUAAAACUGGUUAACUGGAAGCUGUUUCCGUUCUAGUGGAGUGCAUCCCGCAGGAACGUUUGGAAUUGGCACACGUCGUUUUGGUUAUUGCCAUUGAAAUUUGAACAAAUUCAUAUAUGCAGUUAAACAAAUUGUGUUUUAGAUAGAAUUUUUAUUUUUAUUAAUAUUAUAAAUAUUAUUGAUUUGUUUUUAAUUUUAGACACAACUAAUUUAAUUUACUCUUUGUUAAAAAAAAAAAAAAACAAAACAAAACGCAUCCAAGAAAGUGAAAAACAUUUAAAUACAUACCGACUCUUUGGGUAUGGUUAAUUACAUUCACACAUACAUAUAUUAUGUAGUGUAUAAUUUAAUGAAAAAAGAAAAAAAUAUUUUGUAUAUAUAAUAUCUGUUUCUGUAAAAAGCUCAUACAAAUUCAUUUCGGCAUUAAAUCAAACCCAACUUUUAUAAAUUAUUCCUAAAGAUUUCCAAUUUUCCAUUGUGAUAAAAGAUAAUUUGUAUACUUAACUAAAAAUAUUUAUCUUUUUUUAGAAAAUUGCUUGAAAAGGUGUAAAAAUUCUAUAUGUAUUUACCUAGCCGCACUUUGCCUACUAGAAAAACUCACAAUUCCAUAAAUUGUUGUAUUAAAAUGUAGAAAAGUUGUGCAUUGUUAAUGCGAACAAAAAUUUUAAAAAUUGCAUUACCUUAUAUUUAUAAGAUUAAAUUAGUUUAAUAUUAUUACAUAAGUUCUAGAUAUAGACAACUGGAAAUCAAAUAAAGUGUAACUGUACAUUUAUCACACACACACAACAAAAA